AUGGUGGGGAAUGGAGAGGCUAUUGAUGAGUGGGAUUAUCAAUUAUUUGAUGAAAAUGUUGUAAAUAGAAGUUUUUCCAAGCGUAGCAUUGCCCAACGCCGGGAAGAAAAAUGUGGUUUCAAUGCUUCCGGCAUAAGUACUCCGGCGAUGUCACCGCCACCGGAUAGGGAAACUUUUCUCACAAUACCGCCGGGACUAACUCCGACAGCAUUGCUGGACUCUCCGGUUAUGCUUCCGAAUUCACAGGCACCACAAUCUCCUACUACUGGAAGCUUUCAACAGUUCCCCAUUAUCAUUAAUCAAGAAAACUCAAUGUCCACUCCUCCUCAUGUGGUCAUCAAUGCUAAUUGUCCAAUCAAGACUAAUAAUGUUAUUGAUCAUCAUCAUCAUCAUCCCCUCUUAUUCCCAUCUUCAUCAAACACUCAGAUUAUAUCGAGAUAUCAUGAAUUUCCGAAAGUAACUACCUUAAAGAAGUGCAGUUCAGAUACAUCACCUCCUCCUGAUAUAAAUAAUCAACAAAACAUGAGUGGUAUUAGCUUAACAAAUACUACUAAUCUAGAAAAUUGCCCUUUAAGAGGUGCAAUGAAUCCAAAUAUUACUAAUUCAAUCGGACCAGAUGAUGGAUAUACUUGGAGAAAAUAUGGUCAGAAAUCUGUCAAAGGUAGUGAAUUUCCUAGAAGCUACUAUAAAUGUACUCAACAAAAUUGCUUUGUGAAGAAAAAAGUAGAACGUUCUCUAAAUGGACAAAUUACCGAAAUUAUCUAUAAAGGGGAACAUAAUCAUCAGAAAUCUCAACCUAUUCGACGUGCAACGAUAAGUUCAAAGUCCUGUGAUUUAACAGGGAUAUCAAAAAAGAAUGAAGGAAAUGGUGGCUCAAAUAUUUAUAGGAAUAUGCAAUUUGAAGGCAAUAAGAAUGUUAGAGCUCUUUCAAGUUUGAAAAGAACAUAUUCACCAUCUAUUUUGACAAAGGUUUCUGAUUCAUUAAUAUUAAAUAAUUCAAAUAUCAAUAUGAAUGUGUUUGAAAUACCCGAAACUAUUCAUGAACCUUCUUCUACACUUGUGAGUUGUGAUGAUGAAGAUGAAGAUGAAGUUAGAGCCACGGAAGGGAUCAUUUCCCUAGGUGAUGAUAUUGAUGAUAAUGAAUUUGAGCACAAAAGGAGGUACUUUUUAUUUUUUAUCUAUCAUUGUCCUUAUAUCCUUUUCUUCAUUUGA